UAGACCCAGUGCUGCACGCCUCUUGCCGCCGUCGACUUCAGCAAUCUGCUCGCUGACGCUAAGCAGCUCCAGCUCUGCUUAUCCCGUCGACGGCACAAUCAGCACCCUUUUUCUUCCACACAUACACACAAACCUCACAUGAUGGUUUCGGCCAGCAUCGUCAGCGCCUUCGCGGCCGCUGCCGUGUUCUCCGUCGCUACUGCACAGCAAGCUUCAUCAGUAGUGUCAAUUCCCACACCUACCGUCACACUGCCGGCGAAUGCCAUGACUGCUAUCGGAUGCUUCGAGACUUCGGUUCCGCUCAUAGACCAUGGUUCCUACCUGUACCAGUCGCCUGGAAACUGCCAGCUCAUCUGCAUCAUGUUGAACAAGCCCGUCAUGGCCCUGUCCGAUGGCGAAAGGUGUUAUUGCGGAGACCUGAUUCCUCCCAAGAAGGCUCAAGUCGACAACUCUUCUUGCGAUACCGACUGCAGGGGAGACGAUAGAAAUAAAUGCGGUGGGCCUUCCAAAUAUUUCGUCUCGCUAUCGGGAACCACGAAGAACAGAAUCGAAAACUUCGACCCCGACAAGGUCUCGUCCAGCUCGACAAGCACCACUCAGCCACCUCCAACUUCUGCACCGCCCAACACUGCCAGCGCCACUCCGACCGAGCAACCCAAAAGCUCCGGACCUAACAAGGCGGGCAUUGCGGCCGGUGUGGUAGUUGGUGUUGUAGCGUUAGCCGCAAUCGUUGGUGGCGUCCUCUAUUUCCUCCGCCAGAAGAAACGACGCGAGUUGGAGGAGGAGCACCGCCGCCAGGCCGCGGUCAACUCAUUCGUUUCCGGGGGUAAGGGUCACAGCAGUGCCGCAUCCAUGACGGAUUCCCGCCUAGAUCCAGACUUCAUGAACCGGAGAUACAGCAAUGGCAGUAUUGCAGACAACGAGGACUAUUCCAGACGGAUUCUGAAGGUAUCUCCACUCCAUCAAAAUGAGAUGCGUGUUUCUGCUGCUAACUCAGACAUUAGGUGACCAACGCAUAGUGGAGGUAUCGAUGACUGUCCGACGCGACGUCGAUUCUCUACCCUUCGGCACGGAUUCAGCUCGUCGCUUCCAUCCCAACAUCGCCCGUAACGUUCCGGGUAAACCUUGACGAGAGAGAGUUUAGCUAGUGUAGCACCUUGGGCAUCAUCACAGUGAUAUGCGCAGACUGCGGGUUGUGAUUGCUUUGGCUCU